AUGGCGGCUGUGCAGCCGCGUGCGGAAGCCAUGCUGGGCACUCCCGAGGAGAACCAGAAGGCGCUGGGCUACUUCAUCCUCAUGGUGACAACGCCCUACAUUCGCACUGUGCAGCAGUGCAAGACUGCGCUGGAGGCGUGGAACGAGCUACACAAGAUGGCGCUCCCUCACCUCGGAGCCCAGGCCAUGCUGAUGGACACCCAGUGGUCUACCAUCACCAUGAAGAACGACGAGACUACUGGAGAGUGGGUCCACCGCGUCACAGACAUGCGCUAUAGGCUCAUAGGCGCUGGCAUCUUCAAGUCUGAGACCGAGACUGUGCGCAGGAUUUACAUGGGCCUGUCGCGCCCGGCUGGCGCCCCUGGGCAGUGGGCGCCCGGCGCGGGCUGCACAGCGUGCGCGUGUGCCGCGGACCGGCUGGGUCGGCGGUUGCAGGUGGCAAGCAGGUCACCGGCGGGGUGA